CGGUAGAUCCCAAACAUUCGCUUCCCUGGCCACUUGUUGAGGAGGUUUCGGAAUCGUCGGCUGUAAAACAUUGGUGAGUUUCGGCGUGUAACUUCGGGGCAUGCACCAUACCGGUACCUACCACCGGCACGAGUUGUUAUGAAAUGAAGUGCGCCCUCUGUCGGAAUGUCCCCUUCAAUAAUUAUUGAACAUGUGUCAAUGAUGGUGCAAUAUUUAAUGUCAUCAUCAGAAGUUGAGAACCGCAACGAAGGCAACAAAAUCGCUUCUUGGGCUAGUAGUACUACUAUUGCUUUAUUGAAAAGUCUGAACAUCAAGACGUGAGGAUGUCGUCUGGCAGGACCUACACCCAGGAACUGGAGUACCUGCACCAGCUUUCGCCCAAUUUAUGGCAGAUCAAGAAAGGUUUCGUCCCUAACAUGAAGGUGGAGGGACGUUUCUAUGUCAACAAACAAUUGGAGAAGCUGAUGUUUGAGGAACUGAGGAAUUCUUGUGGAAAGUCAUUGGGUGGGUUUUUACCAGGCGUGAAGCAGAUCGCCAAUGUGGCCGCCUUGCCAGGAAUCGUUGGCUACUCAGUGGGUCUUCCAGAUAUUCACUCAGGCUACGGCUUUGCAAUAGGCAACAUGGCAGCCUUUGACAUGGAUGACCCCAACGCUGUUGUAUCACCUGGGGGUGUUGGCUUUGACAUCAACUGUGGAGUCAGAGUCCUGCGCACAAAUCUGGAUGAGAAAGACGUCCUGCCGGUAAAGGAACAGCUGGCCCAGGCCAUGUUUGAUCACAUACCAGUGGGAGUAGGUUCCAAAGGUGUAAUCCCCAUGGGAGCAAGGGAUUUGGAAGAGGCAUUGGAGAUGGGUAUGGACUGGUCUCUCCGAGAAGGCUAUGCUUGGGCAGAGGAUAAGGAGCAUUGCGAGGAGUAUGGACGUAUGCUUCAGGCUGAUCCAGGCAAGGUCAGCUCCCGGGCCAAAAAGAGAGGGCUCCCCCAGCUGGGGACGCUAGGCGCUGGUAACCACUACGCCGAGAUCCAGGUAGUGGACGAGAUCUACAACGAGCACGCCUCCAAGAAGAUGGGCAUUGAUCAUAAGGGACAGAUCUGCGUGAUGAUUCACAGUGGGAGCAGAGGUCUUGGCCACCAGGUGGCCACCGAUGCCCUGGUUGCCAUGGAGAAGGCCAUGAAGAGAGACAAGAUAGAUGUGAAUGACCGACAGCUGGCUUGUGCCAGGAUUCAGUCGGCUGAGGGCCAGGAUUACUUGAAGGCCAUGGCUGCGGCUGCUAACUACGCCUGGGUCAACCGGAGUAGUAUGACCUUCCUGUCUAGACAGGCUUUUGCAAAGCAGUUUCAGGAAACACCAGAUGAUCUGGAUAUGCAAGUUAUCUAUGACGUGUCUCACAACAUAGCCAAAGUUGAAGAACACAUCUUGGAUGGCCAACAGAGGACAUUGUUGGUCCAUCGGAAGGGGUCAACCAGAGCGUUUCCACCCCAUCACCCUCUCAUACCUGUUGACUACCAGAUGACCGGCCAACCAGUUCUGAUUGGUGGAACCAUGGGAACGUGUAGUUAUAUUCUGACAGGAACACAGAAAGGAAUGAGUGAGACAUUUGGAACCACGUGUCACGGAGCUGGGCGUGCUUGGUCCCGAUCCAAAUCACGCCGUAACCUGGACUACCACGCCGUGCUUAGUAAGCUUCAAAGCCAAGGUAUCUCCAUCCGAGUUGCCUCUCCUAAACUCGUCAUGGAGGAGGCACCAGAAUCGUACAAGAAUGUCACAGACGUGGUGGAUACCUGUCACAUGGCCAACAUCAGCAAGAAGGCCAUUAAGCUGAGACCGAUCGCAGUCAUUAAAGGAUAACCGCUGCUAGGGACCUUGUUGUGAAGCACAUUAAUUUGGCUGCACAAUUUGUAAAGAGAGAAAAAAAAAGAGAAACUAUCGAGGGUUACUUUCAGCUGGUUUUAGGAGGUUUUUCGUGGCAGAAAUUGACCUUUGGUCAGUAUGUGCCUCAACUAAUUACAUCGUUGGGGUCGGCACAGGAACACGCCAGCAAAGAUGAGAAUCACUUACAUGUAUAUAACAAGAUGGCGGUGCAGUCCAUCAUAACUUUUUUUCUCGUAAGGAAAUACACAGAUGGUUGGACAGACAAAUUACUGGUAACAAGGGGCUGUAAUCGUACCUUUAGUAAGACUUAUCUGUUUAGAAUAUUUGCUGAGGGGAAAUUGGCCUUUUCAACUUUUUUAGUUUAGUUUAGGAGAGCUGCUGUGCCCUUGUCGGACUUCAGCAUUUUUGCAUAACUGAGGUCAAAUAGGUAUGCUUUUCAGUAGAAUUAUCAGGGUUUCUUUAUGGCACUUGGUCGCAGAAAGCUCAUGAAGCAUAGAAUGCAAGAAAAAAAAAAGAUGCAAAAUUGCCCUAACAGGUGAACUGUACACUCUUUAAUCCCUGCUUCCUCUAUUUAUCCUGUACUGGGUUGAUACUGACAGAACUCACUCCAUUAUAUGUACAUACAAAAUGACUGUAUUGUCAUAUACUGGACUGUUGACAGGCCCGUAGGCUGGGGGGGGCGGGUUUGAGGGGUUCGAACAACCCCCCCCCUUGCUUCUGAGUUCUGCUUGUUGGUGGUCUUUUUUUUUUUUUACUGAAUAUUUUAAAUAGACUGUAAUAUUCGGCAUACGAGCCACGGCUUAUGCGUUGAUUCUCAAGCACAAGCUGACCACAAUUUUGCAUAUUAAUGAGUCAAUCUCUAGUCAUAUUUACCGUCAGGAAGUUCUGGCAAAUAUCCACAUUUUAGGUGUUUCAAAGGGUUUGAAAUCAAUGUAUUUUGUUCAGUUUAUUCAAUAUUGAAAACUACAAUGUCCAAGUCUAAAUGCAACCUUUGGUUCACGACAGACAUGCAACUUUUCAAUGUUGUAUUCCAAAGCUCAUUGUGAUAGGCCUUUGUAUAAAAAUAUGUGUUCACAGUGCCAAGAGUUCCACUUUUGGUUUGACGAACCCCCCCUCCCCCAGUCUCUGCUCAGGCAACGGCGGGGCCUGGUUGACAAGAUAGACAAGGCUUCAAUCCAUUGUUGGACCUUCCCAAGGAAUUUGGAUAACCAGCCACAGCGUAAUUGUUUUCAAAAAAAUUAUAUUAAUCACCAAAUUCAAUUUUGUCAUUUUGUUGAUUCAGACGUUUUGAAUAAAGUAACAAUUCAUCAUACUAG